GUAACUGCAUGCAUGGCUAUAUAUGCAAUAACCCGAUCCGCCGCUUGAUUUUGCUCUCUCGGAGUCCUUCCUCACUCUAGUACUAUGACCGGCCACGAUAUACCCAUCAGAAAGAGCACCUCCUCAAAACCUCUCAGAAGAAUCUCCAUACUUUCUAGACAUUCCACAGAAUCUCAUGGUUUCGAUGAAGAGCACCACGAACGCAAGGCGAGGCGGUUGUCUCACACAAUGACCAUCAUACCGAGACCUCCACCGCCAGAGGUACCACAAGUCCUUCAAACGGUGCACAGGAGGUCGCCAUUUGGGGCUCUCCUAAACAGGACGUUACCUGCGUACAGCGGUCCUUACCAAGUCGGAGUUUGCGAUGUCGAGGUUCCCAUUCCAAGGCAGUGCUUUGGUCACUUUGAACACAAGUCUAUGCCUGAUCGCGAUGCCGGUUUGACUAUCGAUACUGUGCUUUUCACGUUAUUCUACCCUGCGGAAUGUACCGAUACAAAUCAGCGUGUAGUCUGGUUCCCAAGUUUGUCUACUAGGUUGCGACAAACUAUAGACGGUUUCCUCAAGAUGGCCAACCGAACACCCAACUGGAUGUAUCGAACGGUGGUCUAUCCUGCUGCGGCUGCUGCUAUCUAUGGAACGACGUUCCCAGCAGUCGAAAAUGCUCCACUAAAAGAAGCUCCUGCCUACACGAAGUGGCCUCUCAUGCUGUUUAGUCAUGGAGUAGGCUGUUCGCGACUCAUGUAUUCCGCGUUUUGCGGAGAAAUGGCUUCACGCGGAUACGUUGUGGCCGCUAUCGAACAUCGAGACGGCACGGGCCCCAGUUCUCGAAUUACGAAUGCUGAGGGAGAUAUGAAGAUUCUUGAUUGGCUAGAUUGGAAAGACCUUCAUUGGCCGGGCCAAGAACAACCACAAGACGACACUACACUUCGACACGUCCAACUCCAAGUCCGCCUAGCCGAAGUUGAGGCGGUCUUGAACGCUCUGAAGGGAAUCACCAGUGGUCAGCCUGUAAGUCAGACGCAGCUGACCGAAGCUCAGACGACGUUCGAUUGGGCAAGAUGGACAGAUGUGAACGUCAGAUAUCCUAUCAUGACAGGUCACUCGUUUGGCGGAUCAUUAGGAAUUGCAGCUGCGUCUGAUCGGCGAUUUCGUUUCAGCAGGGUAAUGGUUUUUGACCCUGCCGUACAACGUUUACAUCCUUGGACAGGCAACAUUGAUGUGCCCUUCCUGUGCGUGAACUCCGAAGAGUUUGCCGUAGGAAGGGAGUUUGACCUGUUCCACGACAUGCUGCCGAAUAUCCAGUCGCCUACGACGUUCUUCAUCCCUGGCGCGACUCAUCCUUCCUUCAGUGACGUUUUCCUCAUCCUCCCGGACUACAUCAACAGCCUCACCGGUCUUCGUCUGGACGCCGACAGAGUCAUCUCCAUUCUUGUCCACCUCGUAGAUCACUUCCUCGAUGGCAAGAUCCAGGAGAUCGCACAUCACCCCGAUUUCCACGUCAAGACCGUAACAGGUUCUCGGUUCCAAAACUUAAGACGGUUUGAGACCGUACAAUUGGGAACCUUGCAUCAGCUCUAUCAGGGAGAAGGGAAGGAAAAUUCGCGGAUAAUGGCACCAAGAAUGCAGAGGAGUACGAGUUUGAGAAGUUCGGGGAGUGGGCAUGGGGAUGAUGAUGAUGAGAAACGUAGGAAUCAUUCGAUGCCGCAUUUGAGUGUGAAGAAGAAGAAAGGAAACUCGAAGAAGCAUACGGAGUUGGGUGAGAUUGGAGGUAUUGUGUUGUAUGCUGUGUGAAGGCACCGCGGGCGGCGAGGUGGGAGUAACAUAUGUGUUGAAGAUUUGGACGAUUGAAUGUCUCUGUUUUGCUUAUAUUCCAUUAGUUCUUUAUAUGAUACUUGUAGAUGUAUACCCCCCCUCCUACUCUAGAUCUGGUACUACUACUACAUGUUUCGUCUUGGACAUUUCGGUAUGCUCACCUGACACCCUUUCUUGUGACUUCAUUACAAGAAACAGGUUGGCAUAACAGCCUGCGAUCCAUCGCAAUUCGCCGUCUGGACUUCCAGUUCUUGCUAUGAUAAGAC